AUGUCAACAUAUGAAACCCAACAAAGUUUGCUUAUGUCAACAUAUAAAACCCAACAAAGUUUGCUUAUGUCAACAUAUGAAACCCAACAAAAUUUGCUUAUGUCACCAUAUGAAACCCAACAAAGUUUGCUUAUGUCAACAUAUGAAACCCAACAAAGUUUGCUUAUGUCAACAUAUGAAACCCAACAAGGUUUGCUUAUGUCAACAUAUGAAACCCAACAAAGUUUGCUUAUGACAACAUUUGAAACCCAACAAAGUUUGCUUAUGUCAAUAUAUGAAACCCAACAAAGUUUGCUUAUGUCAACAUUUGAAACCCAACAAAGUUUGCUUAUGUCAACAUAUGAAACCCAACAAAGUUUGCUUAUGUCAACAUAUGAAACCCAACAAAGUUUGCUUAUGUCAACAUAUGAAACCCAACAAAGUUUGCUUAUGUCAACAUAA